AUGGCGGAAAGCAAAGAAAAAGCCAAAGAAAAGGUCAACCAUUUCUCAAAGCUCGCACUCGAGCUUUUCGAAAACAUCGUCAAGGACGUCAACCCCAAAGAUCUUCUCACAAUCAGAGCAACGUCGAGAGAAUGUGCUGCGAAAGUGGCGAAGGUUUAUGCUAAGGAGCAUUUCACUGGGCUUCUGCUCCAUCUCCACGACGACAGAAGUGUCGAGAAGUGCCUCGCUAUCUGCAAGCAUCCUCUUCUCGGACCUGCGGUGCGGACCUUCACCAUCUCCAUCGAUCCAUGUGACCGCGGUAAUAAGUGGUUGGACGACCGGCUGUGCACAGUCGAGCAUCGACACAGCACUCGUGGGCCCACUACCGCCGAUCCCGAGCCAUAUGAAGAGUUCAUCACACGCCUGCAGCAAGAUGCCGAAUGGCAUGUUAUUAUCGAGUUGUUUACCAACAUGGCUGACGCUUGUCAAGUAUCGGCACUACGCAUCGUCGGACACGAACGCUAUCAGAGUACAUUUGCAGGCGGAUAUCACGAUUUCGACCUAGAAGGCGACCCAGACUGGGCAUGUGCUCACGCCUUCGCCGGUAUCAUGUACUGCUUGGAUCGAAGCAACUUACACGUCGACACGCUAGAAAUUGACAAGGAUGCUAGAUACGCUAUGCCAAUGUGCGAGCUCUGGGAUUACUUCGAUAUGUUCGCUCGGGUCAUGAGCCCCGUGGAGUCUUUGAGCCUGGUCCUGUGGCGCAGACAUGGAACAUUGCCAGCAGAUGCCGAGAUGCUGAACCAAUUGCUAGCUGGUCUUGCAUCUUCGACAACGAUCAGACAUCUGUACAUCGAUUGCCAGUCGUGCGAGAACAUCGAUUUAGCAACGGUCUUCCCUAUUGAAGACUCAGGCUUUCCCAAUCUGGAGUCCCUGCACCUGCAAGGCAACGACCAGCUUAUGUUCGAUGUUCCAGUCCUUGUGGACUUCGUCACUUCGCAUCAGCGGACUCUCCAACGUCUGGAGUUGCACUCCCUGUGUGUCGAACCCAAUGGCCUGGAGGAUGACGGGUGGGAUCUAAUGGAAGAAGGCGUGGCAAAGAACAUCCGGAGGCUCACAGGUCUGGAGGAUGUCACCGUUGAUCGAGACACUGAGGAAUCCUGGCUUGAUAUGAUGAGGCAAAUGUGA